AUGUCUCGUAAAGAUUUAACAUUGAUUGAAAAAAUUUCUAUACUGGAUAAAAUUAAGGCUCAACCUCAUACUAGUCUUCGUGAGUUAGAGAAAUUAAUAGGCACGUCUAAAUCGGUACUAAACCGAUUGAAAAAUAAUGAAAUAGCUAUUCGUGAACAAUAUGAAAAAUUAAACGACAACAAAAGUGCACCUGUAAACAGAAAAAGAAAACGAGAAGGCAAAGAUCCCGAAGUAGACAAAGCUAUGAACGAAUGGUUUUCUGCUGUUACAGAACGUGGUGUUCGUAUUUCGGGCCCCAUGUUAGAGCAGAAAGCUGAAUUUUUUGCUCAAAAAAUUGGACAUAGUGAUUUUAAGGCCACAGAAGGUUGGAUAAGUCGGUGGAAGGAUAGGCAUAACAUUAAAUUCAAGCGAUUUCACGGAGAAAAAUCUAGUGCUGAUACAAACGGUGCUAAUGAAUGGUCUUUAGCUAAAUUACCGGAAAUUCUUAAAAAAUUUUCUCCUCAGGACAUUUAUAAUGCCGAUGAAACUGGGUUAUUCUACCGAGCGACUCCGGAUGGUUCUUUGUGCUAUAAACGUGAAACACUUGAAGGAUCAAAAAAAGCUAUGGAUCGCAUAACAGUUUUAUGUUGUUGUAAUAUGGCAGGCACAGAUAAAAAAAAACUGUUGAUAAUUGGAAAAUCCGCAAAGCCAAGAUGUUUUAAAAAUAUAAAAAUAACAAACUUACCUGUUUCUUAUUUAGCGAAUAAAAAUGCAUGGAUGACAGCCGAAAUAUUUACAUUGUGGUUGAAAGACUGGGACAAAGAGCUUGGAAAACAAUCAAGGAAAAUUUUAUUAAUUGUUGAUAAUGCUGGACCACAUCCAAAAUUGAUAGAUUUAAAAAAUAUCACACUUGAGUUUCUGCCUCCAAAUACUACUUCUCUCGUUCAACCACUCGAUAUGGGGAUCAUUAAGAAUCUAAAAACUCAUUACCGUGGACUAUUGGUAACAUACAUUUUAAAGGCUAUAGAAGAUAAUUUAGUAACUCCAUCUACAUGUGCUAUAGAUAUCAGUUCUAAAAUAAACAUUCUACAAGCAAUACAAUUUGUCGCUGACAGCUGGAGAAAAGUGUCGUCUGUUACGAUUCAGCAUUGUUUUGCACAUUGCGGUUUCAGACCACUGAUUGAUCUACCUAUUCCUCCUAUUGUUUCUAUUGAAAAUGACGUAGCGCAAUGCGUAGGAAAUGGAGAGUUAUUUAUAAAAAUUGAUGAUGGUGUGCAGUGCUUCAAUGAAAAUGAAAAUUACGAUCAUAUUCUCGAUGAAAUUGCUGAAAGAAGUCUGCAAAAUGAAGAAAGCGAUGACGAUGGCUAUGACGUUCAGCCCGUAAAAAUUACAACAAGAGAAGCAGAAAAGUGCAUUGAUCAGCUGAGACUUUAUUUUAUGCAAAAUGAAAAUGGAAAUGCACCAACAACUUCGCUAGACGUUUGUGCAGAUUUUAUCAAAAAACAAAGUUUUGAUAAAUUAAAUCAAAGAACAAUGGACGAUUUUCUGCAGCCUAACAAAAUAUAA